AUGGCAGACAUCAGCGAAGACAAGCUUUCGGAAAAGAACGUCGAAGAUGUCGGAAGCAGAUAUUUUCUGCCGCGAAACGUGGAGGAAGCAGAGCGAAUGCAGAACCAGCACGAAUGGCUGAAAGGAGGCGCUGAUGGCUUGGUCCUGGCGCCGAUUGAUUUGAACCGUUCAAAAAUGCGCGUUCUCGACGCCGCCACUGCAGAUGGCUACUGGAUGCAGGAUGCCAAGUCUAUCUUCCCCAAAGAUACAGAGUUUGUUGGCUUUGACAACGCCCCCGAAGGAUAUCCACCUCUCAACAGCAGCCCUCCGCUACAGAUAGUGAAGCAAAACCUGGUAGAGGAGUUCCCUGCCGCAUGGAAAAACAGUUUCGACUUCGUUCACCAACGAUUCGUCAUCCCAUUGUUCAAGACGGAAGAAGUUCCACUGGUACUCCGCAACCUGAUAGGCUGUAUGAAGCCGGGCGGUUGGAUCCAACUCGUCGAAAUGGACUUCCAGACCCCGGUGUCCAAGCCCAUCGAGUCAUGCCCGGCUGUCCAGGCGGUCCAUAAGUUGACCAGCACGGUGGUCUCGGACCCACUCGCUUCAACGAAGCUGGCGGGUCGAUUGACCGACGAAGGGCUCGUCAAGGUGGGAUACAAGGCAAUUGAGAUGGUUGCUGGUUCGUCGCAUCCUGAUCCCGAACUGGGAGAGCGAGGAAAACGAAACAUGCUGUCGGUUCUCGGUUUCUUUCAAUCGGUGGCCAAACCUGAAAUGAUUGGGAUGACGGAAGAAGAAUGGAAGAGUUUGCCGCAGCGCUUUGCCGAGGAGAUGAAGAACCAUCAUGUCGCCCUGAGGGUGUACUUUGUCUGGGGUCAGAAAGCCGCAGCUCAGUAG